UCCUGAGUGGCCGGCGGGCCGGGAUUAACCUUUCACCGCCAGGCUCUGUCCAAUCACAGGCCCGCUCUCAUGCGGCCGCGGGGCGAGCGGAGCGUGGGGGCGCGGAGCGGCGGCGCGGCGCGGGUGGGAUUCUCCAAGCGGCUGUGCGCCGUUGCCGCGGGCCGUGCGCGGGCUGCGGGGUGAGCCGGGCGCUGCGCAGUCUCCGCAGGCGCCGGCGGGAGGGGUCGGGAGGCGCAGCGCGGCGCGGCGCAGGCUGCUCCGAGGCCCAGGUGAAUGGAGUAACCUGACAGCGGGAACGAGGCGACGGCGAGCGGCAGGAAAUGGCGGCGGCGGCGGCGGCGCCGGGUGGCACCGGGAGGCCUGGGCUGUGACGCGCGCGCCGGAGCGGGGUCCGAUGGUUCUGGAAGGCCCGCGGCGCCCCGUGCUGCAGGUUACCUAGGGUAUGAAUUAAUACAGACUUGGAAACUCUGAAAGAACUUAGAAUCAGCAUUUUGAGAGCAGAAGCUUGGGCAUGCUGUGAUUUUCCAAUAAACUGCUAUCACAAUGUCAAAAUGCAGUUCAGACAACAGCAACACAGAGAUCUCAAACAUUAAAACGUAAGCUGUGCUAGAACAAAAAUGCAAUGAAAGAAACACUGGAUGAAUGAAAAGCCCUGCUUUGCAACCCCUCAGCAUGGCAGGCCUGCAGCUCAUGACCCCUGCUUCCUCACCAAUGGGUCCUUUCUUUGGACUGCCAUGGCAACAAGAAGCAAUUCAUGAUAACAUUUAUACGCCAAGAAAAUAUCAGGUCGAACUGCUUGAAGCAGCUCUGGAUCAUAAUACCAUCGUCUGUUUAAACACUGGCUCAGGGAAGACAUUCAUUGCAGUACUACUCACUAAAGAGCUGUCCUAUCAGAUCAGGGGAGACUUCAGCCGAAAUGGAAAAAGGACCGUGUUUUUGGUCAACUCUGCAAACCAGGUUGCUCAACAAGUGUCAGCUGUAAGAACUCAUUCUGAUCUCAAGGUUGGGGAAUAUUCAAAUCCAGAAGUAAAUGCAUCUUGGACGAAAGAGAGAUGGAACCAAGAGUUUACUAAGCACCAGGUUCUCAUUAUGACUUGCUAUGUCGCCUUGAAUGUUUUGAAAAAUGGUUACUUAUCACUGUCAGACAUUAACCUUUUGGUGUUUGAUGAGUGUCAUCUUGCAAUUCUAGACCACCCCUACAGAGAAAUUAUGAAGCUCUGUGAAAAUUGUCCAUCAUGUCCUCGCAUUUUGGGACUAACUGCAUCCAUUUUAAAUGGGAAAUGUGAUCCAGAGGAAUUGGAAGAAAAGAUUCAGAAACUGGAGAAAAUUCUUAAGAGUAAUGCUGAAACUGCAACUGACCUGGUGGUCUUAGACAGAUACACUUCUCAGCCAUGUGAGAUUGUGGUAGAUUGUGGACCAUUUACUGAUAGAAGUGGGCUUUAUGAAAGACUGCUCAAGGAGUUAGAAGAAGCACUUGAUUUUAUCAAUGACUGUAAUAUAUCUGUACAUUCAAAAGAAAGAGAUUCUACUUUAAUUUCUAAACAGAUAUUAUCAGACUGUCGUGCAGUACUGGUAGUUUUGGGACCCUGGUGUGCAGAUAAAGUAGCUGGAAUGAUGGUAAGAGAACUUCAGAAGUAUAUCAAGCAUGAACAAGAGGAGCUGCACAGGAAGUUUUUAUUGUUUACAGACACUUUCCUAAGGAAAAUACAUGCACUAUGUGAAGAGCACUUCUCACCUGCCUCACUUGACUUGAAAUUCGUCACUCCUAAAGUAAUAAAACUGCUUGAAAUCUUGCGCAAAUAUAAACCAUAUGAGCGACAGCAGUUUGAAAGUGUUGAAUGGUAUAAUAAUAGGAAUCAGGAUAAUUAUGUUUCUUGGAGUGAUUCUGAGGAUGAUGAUGAGGAUGAAGAAGUUGAAGAAAAAGAAAAGCCAGAGACAAAUUUCCCUUCUCCAUUUACCAACAUUUUAUGUGGAAUUAUUUUUGUGGAAAGAAGAUACACAGCAGUUGUCCUCAACAGAUUGAUAAAGGAAGCUGGCAAACAAGACCCAGAGCUGGCUUACAUCAGCAGCAACUUCAUAACUGGACAUGGCAUUGGGAAGAAUCAGCCUCGUAACAAACAGAUGGAAGCUGAGUUCAGGAAGCAGGAAGAGGUACUUAGGAAAUUUCGAGCACAUGAGACCAACCUGCUUAUUGCAACAAGUAUUGUAGAAGAGGGGGUUGAUAUACCAAAAUGCAACUUGGUGGUUCGUUUUGAUUUGCCCACAGAGUACCGAUCCUAUGUUCAGUCUAAAGGAAGAGCAAGGGCACCAAUCUCUAAUUACAUAAUGUUAGCAGACACAGACAAAAUGAAAAGUUUUGAAGAAGAUCUUAAAACCUACAAAGCUAUCGAGAAGAUUUUAAGAAACAAAUGUUCCAAGUCAGUUGAUACUGGUGAGUCUGACGUUGAUGCUGUUGUGGAUGAUGAUGAUGUUUUCCCACCAUAUGUACUGCGGCCUGAUGACGGGGGUCCACGAGUCACCAUCAACACUGCCAUUGGACACAUCAACAGAUACUGUGCUAGAUUACCAAGUGAUCCAUUUACUCAUCUAGCUCCCAAAUGUAGAACCCAAGAGCUGGAUGAUGGUACAUUUCGCUCAACUCUUUAUUUGCCGAUUAACUCACCUCUUCGGGCCUCCAUUGUUGGCCCACCAAUGAGCUGUGUACGAUUGGCUGAAAGAGUUGUAGCUCUCAUUUGCUGUGAAAAACUGCACAAAAUUGGUGAACUGGAUGAACAUUUGAUGCCAGUUGGGAAAGAGACUGUUAAAUAUGAAGAAGAGCUUGAUUUACAUGAUGAAGAAGAGACCAGUGUUCCAGGAAGACCAGGUUCCACAAAACGAAGACAGUGCUACCCAAAAGCAAUUCCAGAGUGUUUGAGGGAUAGUUAUCCCAAACCUGAUCAGCCCUGUUACCUGUAUGUGAUAGGAAUGGUCUUAACUACUCCAUUACCAGACGAACUCAAUUUCAGAAGGCGGAAGCUCUAUCCCCCUGAAGAUACCACACGAUGCUUUGGAAUACUGACAGCCAAACCCAUACCUCAGAUUCCCCAUUUUCCUGUGUACACACGCUCUGGAGAGGUUACCAUAUCCAUUGAGUUGAAGAAAUCUGGUUUCAUGUUGUCUUUACAAAUGCUUGAGUUAAUUACAAGACUUCACCAGUAUAUAUUCUCACAUAUUCUUCGGCUUGAAAAACCUGCACUAGAAUUUAAACCUACAGAAGCUGAUUCAGCAUACUGUGUUCUACCUCUCAAUGUUGUUAAUGACUCCAGCACUUUGGAUAUUGACUUUAAAUUCAUGGAAGAUAUUGAGAAAUCUGAAGCUCGAAUAGGCAUUCCUAGUACAAAGUAUUCAAAAGAAACACCUUUUGUUUUUAAAUUAGAAGAUUACCAAGAUGCAGUUAUCAUUCCAAGAUAUCGCAAUUUUGAUCAGCCUCAUCGAUUUUAUGUAGCUGAUGUGUAUACUGAUCUUACCCCUCUCAGUAAAUUUCCUUCCCCUGAAUAUGAAACUUUUGCAGAAUAUUAUAAAACAAAGUAUAACCUUGACCUGACCAAUCUCAACCAGCCACUGCUGGAUGUGGACCACACAUCUUCCAGACUUAAUCUUUUGACACCACGACAUUUGAAUCAGAAGGGAAAAGCACUUCCUUUAAGCAGUGCUGAAAAGAGGAAAGCCAAGUGGGAAAGUCUGCAGAAUAAACAGAUACUGGUUCCAGAACUCUGUGCUAUACAUCCAAUUCCAGCAUCACUAUGGAGAAAAGCAGUCUGUCUCCCCAGCAUUCUUUACCGCCUUCACUGCCUUUUGACUGCAGAGGAGCUGAGAGCCCAGACAGCCAGCGAUGCUGGCGUGGGAGUCAGAUCACUUCCUGCGGAUUUUAGGUACCCUAACCUAGACUUCGGGUGGAAAAAAUCUAUCGACAGCAAAUCCUUCAUCUCAAUUUCUAACUCCUGUUCGGCUGAAAAUGAUAAUUACUGUAAGCACAGCACAAUUAUAGUCCCUGAAAAUGCUGCACAUCAAGGUGCUAAUAGAACCUUCUUAGAAAAUCAUGACCAAAUGUCUGUGAACUGCAGAACGUUACUCAGCGAGUCAUCUGGUAAGAUCCAGAUUGAAGUCUCAACAGAUCUUGCAGCAAUUAAUGGUCUUUCUUACAAUAAAAAUCUUGCCAACGGCAGUUAUGAUUUAGCUAACAGAGACUUUUGCCAAGGAAAUCAGCUGAAUUACUACAAGCAGGAAAUACCUGUACAACCAACUACCUCAUAUCCCAUUCAGAAUUUAUACAAUUAUGAGAACCAGCCCAAGCCCAGCGAUGAAUGUACUCUACUGAGUAAUAAAUACCUUGAUGGAAAUGCUAACAAAUCUACCUCAGAUGGAAGUCCCGCAGUGGCCAUGAUGCCUGGUACGACAGACACUGUUAAAGCACUCAAGGACAGGAUGGAUUCUGAGCAGAGCCCUUCUGUUGGGUACUCCUCAAGGACACUUGGCCCCAAUCCUGGACUGAUUCUUCAGGCUUUGACUCUGUCCAAUGCCAGUGAUGGGUUUAACCUGGAGCGGCUUGAAAUGCUUGGUGACUCCUUUUUAAAGCAUGCCAUCACCACAUAUCUCUUUUGCACUUACCCUGAUGCUCAUGAGGGCCGUCUUUCAUAUAUGAGAAGCAAAAAGGUCAGUAACUGUAACCUGUAUCGCCUUGGCAAAAAGAAGGGACUGCCCAGCCGCAUGGUGGUGUCUAUCUUUGAUCCCCCUGUGAAUUGGCUUCCUCCUGGUUAUGUAGUAAAUCAAGACAAAAGUAACACAGAUAAAUGGGAAAAGGAUGAAAUGACAAAAGACUGCAUGCUGGCUAAUGGCAAACUGGAUGAGGACUGUGAGGAGGAGGAGGAGGAGGAGGAGGAAGAGGAGGAAGAGGAGGAUCUGCCGUGGAGGGCUUCCAAGGAGGAGGCCGAGUAUGAAGACGACUUCCUAGAGUACGAUCAGGAACAUAUACAGUUUAUAGAUAACAUGUUAAUGGGAUCAGGAGCUUUUGUAAAGAAAAUUUCUCUUUCUCCUUUUUCAACCACUGACUCUGCAUAUGAAUGGAAAAUGCCCAAAAAGUCCUCUUUAGGCAGUAUGCCGUUUUCAUCAGAUUUUGAGGAUUUUGACUACAGUUCUUGGGAUGCAAUGUGCUAUCUGGAUCCCAGCAAAGUUGUUGAAGAGGAUGACUUUGUAGUGGGGUUCUGGAAUCCAUCAGAAGAAAACUGUGGCGUUGACACAGGAAAACAGUCCAUUUCUUACGACUUGCACACUGAGCAGUGCAUUGCUGACAAAAGCAUAGCGGACUGUGUGGAGGCCCUGUUGGGCUGCUAUUUAACCAGCUGUGGAGAGAGGGCUGCUCAGCUUUUCCUGUGUUCACUGGGGCUGAAGGUGCUCCCAGUAAUUAAAAGGACUGGUCGGGAGAAGGCCCCGUGCCCUGCUCGGGAGAGCCUUAGCAGCCAACAAAAGAGCCUUUCAGGGAGCUUCGCUGUGGCCCCAGCCCCGGCGGCCAACCCUCGCUCUGCUGUUCGGACAGGCUUGGAGUAUGGCUGUUUGAAGAUCCCACCAAGGUGUAUGUUUGACCAUCCAGAUGCAGAUAAAACCUUGAAUCACCUUAUAUCGGGGUUUGAAAAUUUUGAGAAGAAAAUUAACUACAGAUUCAAGAAUAAGGCUUACCUUCUGCAGGCUUUCACACAUGCCUCCUACCACUACAACACUAUUACUGAUUGUUACCAGCGCUUAGAAUUCCUGGGAGAUGCGAUUUUGGACUACCUCAUAACCAAGCACCUUUAUGAAGACCCACGGCAGCACUCCCCAGGGGUCCUGACUGACCUGCGCUCUGCUCUGGUCAACAACACCAUCUUUGCAUCCCUGGCUGUGAAGUAUGACUACCACAAGUACUUUAAAGCUGUUUCUCCUGAGCUCUUCCACGUCAUUGAUGACUUUGUGCAGUUUCAGCUCGAGAAGAACGAGAUGCAAGGGAUGGAUUCCGAGCUUAGGAGAUCUGAGGAGGACGAAGAGAAAGAAGAAGACAUUGAAGUUCCAAAGGCCAUGGGGGACAUCUUUGAGUCACUUGCUGGUGCCAUUUACAUGGAUAGUGGGAUGUCACUGGAGGUCGUUUGGCAGGUGUACUUUCCUAUGAUGCGGCCACUGAUAGAAAAGUUUUCUGCAAAUGUGCCCCGUUCCCCUGUGCGAGAAUUGCUUGAAAUGGAACCAGAAACUGCCAAAUUUAGCCCGGCGGAGAGAACUUAUGAUGGGAAGGUCAGAGUCACCGUGGAAGUAGUAGGAAAGGGGAAGUUUAAAGGUGUCGGCCGAAGUUACAGGAUUGCCAAAUCUGCAGCAGCAAGAAGAGCCCUUCGAAGCCUCAAAGCUAAUCAACCUCAGGUCCCCAACAGCUGAAACCCCUCUUGAACUCAAAACCAGAA